CACCCACCAAGAUGGCUCCUUUACGGUGCAGUACUCGAAAUUUGACGUGAAGUUAUUUACACGUCUGGAAUUUAACAUUGUCCAGAAAAGUGUUAGACAUUUUUUGGUGCGGCGUGUAUGGAGAAAGAGAAGUUAAAAGAAUAUACGCAUGGUAAAAAACGACUAAGGUUCUAUCGGAUUUUCAAAAAGUAUCAACGAAACGGCCGGUCGGCUCGUGAGUUAGCUCAAAGAAGAAAUAUAUGUAUCUGUGUCUUUCAUGAGGGUAUAGCACAUCAAUUUUAAGAUAUAUGUCAGCAAUUCUAAUACGUACCAUCAUUUAUAAAAGAUAAUCAUUUCUGAAAUUAUACCGAUAUUGAAACUCACUGUUUCAUACAUAGAAUUUUUAAAGCUUGAGAUAUGUAUAUUAUCAAGGAAUGAUUAUAUGACAUUAUUACUGGCAAAUGUGGAAUAAGAAUACCGUGUUGAUAAAGUGUAAAUGAAAUCUUGGCAAAUGUUAUUUAAACAUAUAUGCUCAUACAAAUUUUUUGAUACUAUAUGUGAAAUUGCGUUGUUGUGAUGACAUAUAAGUAUCAAGUGCGAAAAAACAAAUUGAAGUAAUAGAAUAUAUUAAUGAAGAUGUUACCUAAAGAAAAUUCUUCUGGUUUUCAUGCAUGUUUGUAGAUCUAAUAUUAUGAUCAAAAAUAUGCAAACAAAUUCCUAAUAAAUAUAAGACAUAAUACCAUUUACUUUUAAAACAUAUAAAUAUGUCUUGAGUAGCAUUACUUGAGAAAAACAUAAUUUAUUUUCAAAUUUGAAAAUUGUCCAAGUGUUAUAAUUGUACAUUAUUCCAAAAAUGGCAAGAAAAGGUGAUAAUAUCAAGGCUAUAAAUAUUGCGGUUGUUGGACUUUCUGGCACAGAGAAAGAUAAAGGACAAGUUGGGGUUGGAAAGUCAUGCUUAUGCAAUCGUUUUAUGCGCUCUCUCAGCGAUGAUUAUAAUGUGGACCAUAUUUCAGUAUUAUCACAGUCGGAUUUUAGUGGCAGAGUCGUGAAUAAUGAUCACUUUUUGUAUUGGGGUGAAGUAAUGAAGACUCUUGAAGAUGGUACAGAGUAUCAAUUUCAAGUAAUAGAGCAUACAGAGUUUAUAGACGAUGCAUCCUUUCAACCUUUUAAGGGUGGUAAAAUGGAACCUUAUGCAAAAAGAUGUGCAGCCACUAAAAUUACUAGUGCUGAAAAACUUAUGUAUAUUUGCAAAAAUCAAUUGGGUAUUGAAAAGGAAUAUGAACAAAAAGUUUUACCAGACGGUAAACUAAAUAUUGAUGGUUUCUUGUGUGUAUUCGAUGUAAGUGUUGUGCCUAACAGAUUAAUUGAAAAACAAGUUGAAAUAGUAGCUAACAUACUAAAUAAUUUAAUGAAAACGAAAAAGCCUAUAGUUCUUAUCACAACUAAAAACGAUGAUGCAAAUGAGCAAUAUGUUAAAGAAGCAGAAAAGUUGGUAAUGCGCAAAGAAUAUAAAGGAUCUAUAUUAAUAGUGGAAACUUCUGCACAUGAAAAUAUUAAUAUUGACCUGGCCUUUACGAUCGUAGCACAAUUAAUUGAUAAAACUAAAACACGCAGUAAAGUGAUUCCUUUUGCGGAGGCAGCUAGAGCAAGGAAAGAAUUAUUAGAUACAUCUACUGAAUCUUUGCAAAGAUUAAUCCGUAUACAUGUUACUGAUUUUCGUGCACUAUGGUCACAAGCAUCCAAAAAACUUGCACAACAUAGAGAAUUCUCAACUUUCAUAGAAUUAUUUGGAAUUGAUGCGACGCAAAGAUUAUUUAGAAGACAUAUUAAAAAGCUAAAAGAUGAGCAAGUGGCAAAGAAGAUUCAAGGAUACUUGGAUAUGCUACCAGGAAUUCUUCAUGAAUUAUGUCCCGAUAUAUCAAGUUUAAUUAACGAGGAAUGGUCUUCUGUACAACAAUGUAUAAAAGAACAUCCUGACUUUCAUCGAUAUUUUUAUGAGUGUCCCGAGGACAUACCUUGGAUUGAUUAUGAUUUUGGAGAAAAUAAUAGCUCUAAAAUUCCUUAUGACGUUUUAGAAACACCAGAGGCUGAAACUGUUUUUAAAAAUCAUGUUAAUGCUUUACAACAGGAACAACGUCGAUUAGAACUUCCAAAAAGAUGGAAGAAACAAUUUAAACAGUUAUUAGAGGAAACUGGUUAUGUUACCCCUGGAAAACAAUUAUCUGAGGUUCGAGUACUAUUUAUGGGUAGAGAAUGUUUUGAAGCUCUUUCUCAUCAUGAUUGUCAGGAAAUAUAUGAUCAACAUCAAAAAGAAAUAAUUGAAAAAGCAAAACAUAAUUUUCAAGAGUUAUUGUUAGAACAUGCCGAUUUAUUUUAUCACUUCAAGAGUAUAGCUCCUUCUGAAAAAAUUACACAAGAUGAUGUAAAAGAAAUUACGGACGCUUUACUAGAUGAUUUUAGGUAUAAAGCUCUAGAUAGAUUACAUCAAGAUAGGAAGUUAAUGCUAUUCCAACACUUAGGAUUUGUACACUUUCCUAUAAGAGAACAUUGUCCAGCAUAUCCAAAUUGCAUGGAUGCACUUAUUGAAAGGAUACUUGGUACAAAAGCUCACAGACCUUCAUCUUGGAAUCAUAGUAGCCAGUGGCAAUUAACAUCAGAUAAUAAUCAACUGAAUUUAGUUAUACUUGGGUGUAAUGGUUUAGGCGAGGAAUUUGCCCGUGAAAUAAGAGCUCAAACAGAUGACGAUGAAGUAGAAAUUGAUUGCCAAUUAUACACUUUGGGAUAUAGAAUUAUCGAUGGUGAUGUAGGAUUACCACACAAUUCUUUUACCACAUCAGAUUUCAUGCCACAUGGAUCAUUUUGUAUAUAUUCAAAUGAGGAUUCGUUCGAAUACAUCCGUUCAUCAUUAGAGAAAACAUUACUUUCAAAUUUAGAACAAGAAGAUAGAUUACCAUUUCAAGGAUUACCUAUUGUUAUUAUGUUUUUACCGGAAUCAAGUAUCGAUGAUAUUGAAGCAUUGAGACUCAGGGAAGAAGGACAAAAUCUUGCUGAUAGUUUGCAGUGUCCUUUUAUCGACGUUUGCAUAGAUUUAGAACAAGAUAAAAGAUUUCCGACAGCUUUGGUGAAAGAUGCGCUACAACAACUUAUACAAUCUAUAAAUCAUCGAGCUGGAUUUUUGAAUAUUUACCAAAGUGUUAUAGAGUGUUUUGAACCAGAUAUUAGAAUAAUAAUGUGUAUGUUCUGCGGAGAUCCUUAUUCCGUGGAAAAUGUUCUUGGACCUUUACUCAGUCAUCAGUGUUGUUUUCUUAGCGGAGAAAGAUCUAUUGUAUUGGAAACGUUUUUAGGGGAAUCUAAACGUAGAGUUGAAGUUACUAUUUUGAGUUUUCAUGGAGCAAAUGCAUUUAGAGACGAACUUGUACAUGGUUUCAUAUUGGUCUAUUCAACAAAGAGAAAAGCAUCUCUUGCAACUCUUAAUGCAUUUUCUAUGAACAUACCAAAUUUACCAAUACAAAUUAUGGCUGUGACUGAUACUGGAGGAGCCAAUGCCUUUUUUAGUAAUGAUCUGAGUCAUUUACUUAUCACAGAAGGAAAUGCAACCGCAGAUAGAUUACAAGCACACUUUAUGACAUCUGCAUCGAGUUGUCAACAGAAAACUGCUUUUUAUACGCCUUUUUUUAAAGAGGUGUGGGAGAAAAAACCAGAGAUUGAACAAGCAUUUAAUAUGGAGGAACCUGGUAAUAUAAAUGAUAGUGGUGAGGGUACAUUAGAAUAUUCCGCUUUACAUCCAAUGCCACCGCCGCGACAUGAAAGCUAUCAUCUUCAAACCCCAGAUGAUGGUAUGUCUGUAACUUUCAGAAGUGGUUCGGAUUCAUUUGAACAAUUAACGCCAGAUGGUGAUCUUGGAGAUCCAGGAUUGACUGAAACAUUUUCUGAUAAUAGAGCUUAUCCAAGUGAUGAUAGUGAUGUUUGUGUUGAUGUUUUUCAAGAAAUGUUGAAAGCAGCGAAUAUUACUAACAAGUUUUCUGGAUGGAAAGAUGUAAAAGAAACGUUCAUGCAUCAAGAUGGAGUAACAAAUAGCUAUCCUCAUAGAGCUUUUACAACAGGUAGACGCCAUAUUUCACAAGCGAAACCACGACCGAAAGGAAAUAGUCAAACGCUUAAGCAGCCUGGAAAAUUAAAUUUAAAAGAUUUUUCCAAUGUAACAGAUGCUAUAGCUAGAAUGACAAUAGGUGAAAAAGAUGAGCAUGGUCCUAAAGUAAAUUUGGGUCAUGCUCCUCUUGCUACUCCCGAGUUGGUAGAUCUUGGAUCUGAAUAUGCCCAGGUGAAAGAUGUUGUUCCUAGUUUAUAUUCUACUUACGACGGUGAUUAUAUGUAUGCAUUAGUACAAGAUUCUGUUGGAAACAACAAAUCUAAAUUACGACAUAGACGUGAAAAAGGACAGCCAUCUUACAGUGAUUCUGAUUCUGAGUGGAGUUCUUUGGAAAGACAAAAAGUAGUAGAUGCUUUAGGAAAAGUUAAUAAGAAACCAUUAACGCAUAAAAGGAUACGUAAGAAACGUAUUGCUAUACCAGUUGCAACUCCAAAAGUUCCAUCAUUGGCAAGUAUGGGAAGUGGAGAUGGUAUUGCAGGAAUGAAUUAUAAUCUCAAAGAUGAUAAACAUUGGAGAAUAGAUCCAGUAGAAAGAGUAUCCAGUGAAACUCCAGAUAGUUCUGAAUCAAGUGAUCCAGAUCAAGCGAUGAGGGCCAGGAAUAAGCGACAUUUACAUGCGGUAUAUAGUACACGCAGAUUUGGUAAUUCAUUACAGCAACAGCAUUCAGCAGCAACACUGCAACAUCCUUUUAAUGCAAAACAUAUGGCUCAAGAUAUGUUUAGUGCUUCUUAUGAUGAAUCGAGUCUAGAUGUUUCAUCUCCGCGAGAAAUAAAUUCUCCUAGUUUUGGAAUACUCAAUAAAGGUAAAGAAGGUGAUAAGUCAACACGAAAAAAAGAUAAGCAAAAAGCAAAAGAGGAUGAAAAAUUAGAGAAGCGUAGGCAAAAGGAAGAAAAACUGAAGAAACACGCAGAAAAAGAAAAAGAAAGGGAAAAGAAAAAGCAGGAGAAAAUAAAACAAACAAAAGGAUCUAGUGGAACACCAAUUUCAGGUCAAAUACAACCAGUGAUAGAAGAUUUUGCCCAAAGUGAAACUAAUCGGAUACCAUUGUUUUUGGAGAAAUGUGUACGGUUCAUUGAAGAUGAAGGGUUAGAUUCAGAAGGAAUAUAUAGAGUUCCUGGAAAUCGAGCACACGUUGAACUUCUUUUUCAGAAGUUCGAAGAAGAUGGAAAUGUGGACAUUCAUUCUUUAGACAUUCCUGUAAAUGCAGUCGCAACAGCAUUAAAAGAUUUCUUUUCCAAGAGGUUACCACCACUCAUUGAUAAAGAGCGCAUGAGUGAACUCGAAGACAUAUCGGGUGCACGUGGCAUCAGUAAACCAAUGUCAGCGACUUGCAUGAAUAUGGAAGAUCGUAGUUGCAGACUGCUAGCUUUACGUUUGAUGCUUAAUAAAUUAAAUCCAGUAAAUUUUGAUGUACUGAAGUUCAUAUUUCAACAUUUUGUCAAAGUGGCAGAAAAUUGCAAGUUAAACAGUAUGGACAGCAAAAAUUUGGCCAUCUGCUGGUGGCCCACAUUAUUACCAAUAGAAUUUAAUGAUCUUGGUAGAUUUGAAGCUAUGAGGCCAUAUUUAGAAGACGUUGUGCAAACAAUGAUCGAUCAAUAUCCUUUUCUUUUCUGUGGAGAAGAGGCUAUCGUAAUGGUGUAGUGAAAGAUGUUAUUGCAGGAAUUUUUGGUUGUGUAAACAAAACCGAAUCUAUUUAAAAGUUAAUAUUAUAGUUCUCCUCGGAGCUUGUUGCUUCUGAAAGAACCUGAUGCAUGCUAACAUGUUAUCAGUGACAAUUACACGGAAUGAUUGGUUUCAUUAUAGUUUAUAAUAUUCUUUUCGAUGUAGUACACACAUAAUACGAUUAGUUUAAGUAAUGCGACAUAAAAGACCGAAUUUAUUUAAAUCUUGAUUUAUAUUGUUUAUAAUAUAUGACCGAACGGAAUAAUCGAAUAAUGAUCCUAGGACGGCUGUUUAUACAUCGGUUAAUAAUGCAAGUAACUAUGUCAAUCCAUGUGUCAUAACAGUAUGCAUGUAUCAUGUUGGAUGUAUCCAAAACGAUGUAUUUAUUACUACGUAUUAGAUAUAAGACUUGAUAUUUAAUAAUAUCACAUAAUUGUAAUGUCAAAAUUGAUGUUGCUUUUUCAUGUAGUUUAAGUAUCAUAUUGAAUUAUUUUACUAAUUUCAUAGAAAAAAAAGGAACUGAUAUUUGUCGAGAAGGAAUUGGGGACGCACUUUUAUUAGACAGAGUACUUAUAUCAUUUUUAAGCGCAUUAUUUAUUAUAAUAUGACUUUUUUUUCAGUAAUAUGGUAUCAUGUUCAACAUUCUCAUGUAACGUUCUUUCGAUUGUAUUAUGAAAUUAAUUUUACUUUAUUUGAACAAAAAUGACUCUCCAAAUGGUAUUUCAAAUCAUAUAAAUUUGAUUUCAAGUAAUGUUCAAUAAGCUGUAUGGUGAUAUAAUCAAUAUAUCUAUUCCGUCUAAUUGAAAACGAAAUAUUACAUGAGAUUACGGAAUUUAUAAGUAAGCAGUAAUAAUGUCAUACAAAAGUGUUAAAUUGUUAACAGUAUACUUAUACGAGGCAGACUUUGAAAAUUUAAAAACUAGCAGAUUUACAGCAAUGUUCUUUAAAUAGAUUUAAAGUUAUCUAGGUAAUUAUCUCAUUUCUUCAAACAGAGGUGUAUAUAGAAAUAUACUAAUGUAAGAUAUUAAAUUACGAACAACCAAGGUGAACUAUAGAGAAAUACUUUUAAAACGAAAAAUAGGUUGAAUAAUAGACUUAAUUUUAAAAUUAUUACAAAUUAUAAUUUUUGUCAGUGAUACUUAUGAAAUGUAUCAAUCUCUUUAAAUGUUACUUACGUUAUUUGACAAAGUGUUGGUCAAUAAGUACCAACAUAUUAUUAAUGAAACACAGAGAGUAAUGAUUAAUUGAUUCGCUGAUUCUGACAAUUUGAUAAUAUUAAUUAAAGAUAUAUAGGAAUUAUUUCUUUCAUUUAUCAUUUCAUUUUUUGUUGCUACAAUUGUGCCAUAAAUAAAUCCGUAUGUUAGGAAUUUUAAUAAUCAUACCUUUUUGGCGAGCCAUAUUUCGAAGUUGUACGUCGUUUAAGUAUAUAUAAAAUCGAACGAAAAUAAUGAAAUAUCGUUAACGUUAAGGUUUAAGCUCAUUGAAUGCCAACAUCAGCACAAUUUUUCUAAUUCGAAAUAUUUAUAAAAAAAAAAAAAAAACCAAGAUUUGCAUAAAGAGCAUCGAAGAUAAUUCAUUGUUAAUUUUUAAUUCGUAGACGUAAAUUUGUAUCACGGCCGCGAUAUUAUAAAAGACACGUUAAAUCUUUUUUGCAAGACAAAAUCGCGACAAAUGGCCGCAUGUUUCAAAUACACACGUCUGACGAGUGCAUUUAUAAAAGAACAUUUUUAAUGAUAAUUCUAUAAAUGUGUGUGCAUGUAUGUCUCGCAAGCACACCUAAUGAGCAGCGAAUCGUACAUUCCCAUUUAGUAGUAAUCAAAUUUUAUACAUUCGUAUGUACUUAAUUAUAUAAUGUUGUGAUAGGAAGCAAGGUGUAGUUGGUACGCACGAGAUCAAAAAAGCAUGGUUACAAAUUCACAAGUGAUCAUUGCAUAUCGCAAGUAAUAAGAUAGAUAUUGAAAAGUAAUCAUCCAUCUUAGCGAUCAUGAACAUUUUAAAGAUAUUUGACGAAUACUCCUUUAUACUCAUCAAAAUAAGUAUUCGAUACGUGUGUCCAUCAUCAUCUUGUUUUGUGACCGAAAUAAACUCACUUUUCUACGAUAAUGUCCGUUUAGGAUUCUGCUUUAAUAAUUCUUUCGCGCAACUGGACAUUCAGUCACGACGCGUUUCGGAUGAUGGGAUAUAGUCUCAUUAAAAGUAAAAUAUUAAAGGUAAAUAAUUAUCAAACUGUCGUUGCCUGUAAUAUAACAUGGAAACGAACGAAUAGUGAUCGAUUUGUUUUAUUUUAUUAUUUGUUUUUUUUUUUUUUAUUUAUUAUGUAGACUGAUGAUGAUGUGCGAAUGUAUUAUAAUUGUACAGUUGCGCCGAACGUCGAAACUUAAAUAUAAAAAACAAAGCGUCUGAGUCCAUUUUUCUUCUUGGAUUUCGAUCUUUCGACAAUCUGUUUUUUUUUAUUCUUUGACUUCUCUUUUUUCUUCUAAUCACAUAUAGACAAAGCAAUUAUUAUUAUUUUCCUGUGUGAAACAUUGUUUAAUGCACGCAAAUCGAUUUUCUUUCAUCUACGAUUUAUCGACGAUUACGUUUUGCGAUGCGUAUGUCGGCCUAAAGCGUAUACUUUAAUCGCUUUUUUGCAAACGGUCUGAUUUAAUAUUAAAUUAGAUUGCGAUUAGAUAUACGAGAUACAUAUAUAUAUAAUGUGAACAAAACGAUUCAACAAUCACAACGAGUAUCAUGUAAAUCGUAGUUGCAUUCAAUCGCCGAUUUAGAUUUGUCGCACUGUUUCAACAAGUCUCCAAGUUACGAUGAGUACGUUUUCCUUCUUUCAAGAAAACUUGUGUAUUUAUAAAUGUCAUCGUUAUAAUAAAUUAUAACGAUUUUUGUAAAUAAUCCAUAUACAUACUAUAUAAAUAUAAUAUUAUACAUAACGUGUAAAUGGACGCAACCCUGUCCUCGUUGUAUCAAUAGCUAUAUUAUUAUUGUAUAUGAACGAUGGGAACCUUUGCCAAUUAAAAGUUUCCUAUACUAUAUGUUCCGCUUUGUCUACCUGUGUGGGAUCACUGAUAUUGUUUCAGCAAUUCUUUGCUAAAUGGUUCCAUCCAAAAUAGAAGAAAAAAAAGAAAAGAAAAAAUAACGCGAAACGAUAACUUAUUUAAAUAAAUUACUUUUUCAUGCGCAGCUUCGCGUUGCGUUGGUUUACCGUCAAUUUAAACUCUUGCAGGGAUUCGUAUGGGCAUCAUAAAGAAAAUCAUUUUGCAAUUCGGGUUUUACUGUCAGGAGAUAUAUAUCAUACAUAAAAGAAAAAUAGAGAAAAGAAGAGAAAAGAAAAGUAGAAAAAGAAUAACACGCUUAAAGUGAGGCGAAAAACACGUUUCAAUUCUCGGACUCAUUUAUAAAGACAUACAUUCGAAAUCGAUAAGCGAUCGCACGGAUCGUCUAUGUGGUUGACAUAUAAGAAAAUCUAAGCGUAUUAUACAUAGCGUUAAUAGACAUAGGUAUAGGAUUUCUAAUUUGCGCGAAGUUAUGAAAUUUUAUACUGACGACGCUGCUGAAAACUUCGAUAUGUCUUAAAUAUAAUGUUUAGCGAACGAUCAAAAGACGCAAUCACUUUUUAAAGUCGUAUUAUAUAAGUUAACAAGAAACAAAACGAAAAAAGAAUGGAAAACUGUGUGAUUAGUGUGCUUGCGAAUGAGUUAUUUGAGGUAUAAUGAGAAGAAAUGUGAAUGUAAGUAAAUGUACGAACAAAAAGGAAAGGAAAAAGGGUUAAAUAGUUUUGAGUGUUCAUUCUCGAGUUUAUAUUAACGCUAAAAUUUAAUAUAAUUAUUUCACCAUAUAUAUUCUCCUUCGUUUCACCUGCUUCAAAAAAUCUUCGUUUUAUGAAUAUUUUAUGAAACGAGCUCAAGCGCCGAAUUACUCGAGUAACAUUUACAUAGAAAUAUUUGCUCAAAUUUACAUUCCACGUCACUUUACUUCCGAUGAACACUUUUUCGAUCUCUAUUAAACAUAUACAAAACGUAUAGCGAUACUGACAAAUAUUUCGGUAAUUUAUAACGAAACAACGAUCGUAAUCGUUUCGCAUGCGAUCUGCGAAAGAAUCGAUCGAAAACUCUAAAGAAAAAGAAUUUUACCAACAUAUUAUAUAUAACGUAAUUUCAAGAAGUUAUAUGUAUAUGUAUACGCAUAUACAUCCAACAUGCUAAAUAUUAUAACAGUCAAGUCUUUUCUUUCCUUACUUUUUAUUUUUGUAGAUUUAUUUAAUUAAUGCAAAUAUUAUUAUUGAUCGUGGAUUAUACAUUCAUAAAAACAGAGAGGAAAGAUGAAUGAAUUGAAAUCUGUAUUACGAUAUAAGAAACGAUAUUUCUCGAUUCUGUGCCACGAUGGUAUGCGAAGAUAUACAUAUAUCAUAUAUAUAAUAAAGGACACACGUUGCAACGAAAAUCGAUCGACGAAAGAUGCAGCGACCGGAUGAUUGGACAGGAAUAAACAGCUGUAUCCGUUUGAAUGAUCAAUUUACUCGAAGAUACAUAAACUAUGAAAAGCUAUACAAACUAUAUAGUCUUAUAAGAUCGCGAACGAACGAUGUAUCUGGAUGUGGCAUGUAAUUUAGUAAUCCACGAGUAUUCGCAAUCGAUAAUUGUAAUGACGCUUUUUAAUGUGUAUAUAAUUGUUGCUUAUGCUAUAACGGUUGUCAUUCAUAAUCGACGGUUGACACGAAUUAUUGACGCUAUUUACGAGAUGAGAAAGAAAAAGGAAGAAAGAUGUCGAGGGGAAGAAAAGAAAAAGGAAGACAAGAUCUGUGAGAAGAGAAGUCUGGUGGUUCUAAGAAGAAAUGGAAAAAAACAGGAAGAAUAAAGUUUUUCGAUGUGCUUUCAUCUACCGGUCGUACUGACCUUUCGUAUUGACUUUAUGAAUGCAAACAAUUUUGGAAGAACGAAAAAAAAAAGAGUGAGAACGGAGCGUUGCCGUUUUCGACGCUCGUACAUAUAACCAAUGUACAAAAUAAUUACGAUAUAAAGUAUCGAGCUUUACGAUAGAUUCGUUAUGUGACUUCAUGUGACGUUUUUUAAUGAAAUAGAAUAGGUUAAAGCGAGAAGUAUGCAUUAUGUUAUAUCACUUGCUACUAUUAAAGGAUUAUCGGUUUUCUUUUAGUAUUACGAAUUGUAAGAUGACCAAUCUCUCUCUCGAUUUUAAGAAAGACGUGAAAAGCUUCGGGGGGAAGAAGUUAUUUCAUAUAGAUGAUUAUUAAUAAAGUUUACCGUCCUCUUUUUUUUCAAUAAUCGGCCUACUUUUCCUCCGCUGUGCUAUCGUCGUCGCAAUAUCAUUUUGGUUUUGACUCUUGCUCUUACUUUCAUAGAUUAGAAUAGGCAAAAACAUUUAAAUAUAAGUUUCGCGUUAAAUAAUAAUCGUGAGAAUCUUUCGUAGAGCUCGACGAGUAUUUAAUAUGUAUGAUCGACGCGUCGUGUCAUAUCCGCGUACACGAGAGGAGAAUGAAAGAAUCGAAUGCAUUACGACAUUUGCGAAGAUUUAAGAAGAAAAUGAGAAGUAAGCUGAAAAUACCACAAAAAGUAUCGAUGUCCAAAAAGUAUUUAAAAAAAUAAAAAUCGUCUUUAUGUACAAUUUGAACAGUAA